AUGAAGCGAAACCCGAAAGUGUCAUCUUCGCGAAGGAAGUCCCGAAAGGCUCACUUCACGGCACCCUCGCACGAGAGAUAUUUCCGAAUGAGCGCUGCCCUCUCGAAGGAGCUACGAAGCAAGUACAGCGUGCGAUCUCUUCCCAUCCGCAAGGAAGACGAAGUGAUGGUUGUGCGUGGGAGCCACAAGGGGCGAACUGGAAAGAUCAACAAUGUCUACCGUCUGAAGUACUGCAUCCACAUUGACAGUAUCAAGAGAGAAAAGACGAACGGACAGCAAGUGGCCACUCCGAUCCAUCCGAGUAACGUGCAGAUUAUCAAACUGAAGCUGGACAACUCGAGGAGGAAGAUCCUGGAGCGAAAGAAGAGCACCAAGAAGGAAGAGAAGGGAAAGUACACUGCUGCGGACGCCAUGGAAUCUUAG